CGGGGUCAUCAGUUGAAUUGUAAACAAAGAUGGCGGAUUUUGCGACUAAGAAAAUUGGAGCUCCUGAUUUCAAUCCUGAAAAAUAUGUUAAGGAACUCUCGCAGCGAUGUGUUGGAGGUCAGGAGCUACAACAGCAACGACAGAAGAUACAGACUCUUGCAGAUGAGACGAACAUUCUGCUGAAGAAAAAUGUGUAUCAGAAUUACAUGCAGUUUAUUGAGACUGCUAAAGAAAUAUCACAUCUUGAAAGUGAGAUGUACCAGUUAUCACACAUGUUGACAGAGCAGAGGUCUCUGCUGUCAUCCCUUGCUGCAACGUCAUUACUAGGUGACAAGAUUCCCAGUGCAGUUGAUAGUGAUGGAGCAACUGGCAACUCUGGAGAAGGAGAGGAGCAAAAGGAAGAAGAGGAGAGCAGACGAAAACUAGCUGCUAUCUUGGAAAAAGUUGAAGGAUGUGUGACACUGCUGGAGACUUCAGGACGUACAAUUCUCCAUGAAGGGGACUUGCUGGAACUGGAUCCCAUUGAGAACAGUGCACUUCAGCGGGUGCAUGCUUAUCUGUUCAGUGAUGGGUUCAUGAUAGCUUCUUGGAUACCCAAUAGGCGUGGUCCAGUGAGAUACAAAUUUGAAGCAAUGUAUGAGCUAGGGAGUCUUGCUGUUGUGAAUGUGCGAGAUAUGAGCAGCGUGAAGACAGCGUUUAAACUGCUGGCAUUCCCAGACACAAGGGUGUUCCAGUGUACUAACAAUCAGAGCAAGAAAGAAUGGCUGGAUAAAUUUGAGCAGGCGAAGAAAGCUCGUUUUGUACAAGAGCAACAGAAACGGGAGUCAGCAAGUCAAAUUGAGCGUUCACCAUCACGACCGUCACACUCUGAUUCACUGGAGUCGCCUAGCAAUCCAUUCGAAGAUGCAGAUGACUCUAAUGCUGAAUCUGAGCUGCCUGAAUGGCUCAUGGAGGUGCCAGAAGAUUUAGAUGUGUGUAUUGCCCAGCGCCACUUUGAGGAGGCUUACAACCUACUGGAGAGAGCACGAGAGUUCCUUGACAAGAACACUGCCACAGAUCCUGUUAUUACAGAUAUUAGGCGCAAAGUGGAGGCUCGUGUGAGAGCUCUGACAGAAGUCCUGAUGAAAGAGUUGGAGGUUUCACCUGACAAGUCUCUGCAAGGAGGGCUGCGAGCUGCUAGAAGAGCGGUCCGAUUGCUGAAUCAGUUGGGUCGUUCAACGCAGGCAUGUGACUUGUUUCUGAAACUGUGCAGCAGCAUUCUGAAGACACAAUUGAAACGUGUCAAGAGAGAAGGUGCGACUGUUCUGUAUGUGCAGCAGAUAGGAGGCAUCUUUUUCUCCAACCUGACUGACAUGACUCGAGAAUUCCUGCGAGCGUUUCCACAUUCCCCCAGCUGUGCAUCAGCAUUUGUGAUGUGGGCAGGCUCAGAGUUGACACACCUGACAUCUCAUCUCAUCAAGCAAGUUUUCAUGCCUCAGUCAUCCAUUACAAUGUUGGCAGAGUGUGUCACGUGUGUAAGGAAUCAGUGUGACCAGCUUAGCGAACUUGGAGUGGAUCUGCGAUACCAACUGGAUGGACUGCUGCGCACUCCCUUAACGCGAGCAUUGCGUGAUGCACGGGAGAAACUGGUAGAUGCAGUGAAGCUUCGGGCAGUAGAGGACAAAUGGCACCCCAUGAAUCUGCAGAGUAAGGCUGGCCUAACUAAGUUUCUGCAAGAGAUGAGUGACAUUGGCAUAGCGAGUAUACACACAUAUGUUACAGGGGACUGCUGGUUGGGGCUGACUAGCAAUACUGUGGCCUUUAGCAAGUUGUAUCUGAUGCUGCUAGAUGACUGUCUUCGUUUGGCAACGCCUGAACUUCAGUAUACAGUGGAUGACGUGCUUAGUGAUGUGUUCCAAGCACAGAUGCUUCAUGUGGAAGCUUCAUGUUCCAGUGAAAAGUACAAGGCUGAGAGCCAGUUUAUACAGAAAAAUGCUGCUUUCCUAUUGGACACACUGCUGACCCUUGCUGAACAUUGCUAUGAAGAGAAGAUCGGAAACCCCUGUGCCCAACUCAGCAAGCUCCGAGAUAAAUAUUCCCAUCUUAAGAAAAUAGUAGCUUCAAGAAGCCUAAUAGUUCAGCUAUGAAACCAGUCACUAAAUACUCCACAACAGCAUAUGUCUAAAUGUACUUGCUGUUGAAUAUUGCAGUUCUUUCUCAAGAUGUCUGUGAUUAAUGACAUUAAUAUUCAAACGGCAGUGUGUAAUGAUGCAGCCACUGUAGAUCCACCUUACCUCCUGAAGCUGUUGAGUGUGGCAGUUCAGCUGUCUGUCACCAUGACAAGUGUUUCAGUAUGCAGUGCAGUCCAUCACUGCAUGUCCAUACACUACCCUAUCCCCUACUUGUAUGCACACAUCAUACAGUCAGACAUAUGACUUACACUAUAAGAAUCAAUCAAAUUCCACAAAGACAACACUAAGAACCAUUAUGAAGACUCUCACUACAUCCAUCUUUCAUGAACUGUACAAGAUCCUAUAAUGUAUUUCAAUUAAUUUUAACUAUUUAGUCUUAAUACUCACACGCAAGCCCCUUCAGUGACAUAAUAAGUUGCAUUGAAUAACAUAUAUGAAGUACUUUUUUUUUAUGCAGGUGGUUUGUGCCCUGAUGAUGGCCACUAGUGGCCAAAAAAAUAUUUUAUGUUAUAUAACAGCUACACUUGAUGGAUUUCUACUUUUUUAUAUGUUAAAACAAGAUGGUUGUAUAUGAGGAAUUUGCUUUUUAUUAAAUUUUCAAAAAGAUAAGUUAGCACUACAAAUAGAGUGGGUACAUAAUUUAGUUAGUCAGAUUAUCAUUGCAUAUUAUCUGCAUGUGAAUGUCUGCCUGACAGCUUUUAAAUACAUGGACCAAUAUUAAUAAAACUUCAUAUGAAAUUCUUGCCUUUAGAGGUAACUUACAUUAUCUGUGAAAUAAAAAUUAAUGUGGCAGACAUAAGAACGUUUUGAAUCAAACCCAGUAUAUAGUAGCUAGGCAAGUGAGAUUCAGUAUAAUGAGUGUUCAAUUUCUGGCAGUGUCUUAAAAAGAUAAACCAACUGUACUAGAUUGAAUUCCACGUAAUGGAUCAUAGUAUCAUGUUCAGCUGAACAUACUGUCUUGUGCAUGUGAGGGAUGCAAAGGUAUGUGAAACUUUCCUCCAGAAAUGGUUCCACAAAGAAAUUUUCUUUAACUCAUCUAAUAAUGACUUUAUUUAUAUACAGUUUCUCAGAACAGAAUACAAUAUUUUGCUAAACAGUUUGUGACCUCCAUUUGAUUACUGCUGCUCUCUCAGAAUGAGUCAAAUUAGAGAUAUUGUUUACUAGUAAUAUGUUGUUGAAAUUACACAUUUACAAAUUUAAAUGUGACUAUGGAAAAUACCAAAUGAAAGUUUGUUUUCCACUUGUUCAUUCAGCUAUUUGAACUCUUAGCUCCUUCAGCUAGUUUAUAAGUAUGACCUUAAGGUUUUACAGCAGUGAAGAUCCAUAUGGUAUUGUACAGGAGGUGUCAUAAUACAGAAGACUACAAUAUGAACAGGUCAUUAGUCUUUUAAAACACAAAUUUUCAUUGUGAUGUGUCUGAAAUCUCAAGUUGCAAUGCUGUAUGGCUCCUAUGCCAGGAAUCCCUUGAAUGCUGUGUGUUGAAAACAUUUUUAGCAAGCGUUUUUCCUUGCAAUAAUGUCUGAAUAGACAGAA